AUGAAAAAUGGCAUAAUUUUAGAAUAAUAUGAGGAUGAAGAUGAAUAUGAAGUAUAUAGAUUUAUUUGAUUUAGAUUUAAGAGGAGAAACAAAGAUAAGAAAGGAAAGAAUAUCUAAGAAGAAUGUAACAAUUGAUUUUGGAUGAAACAAAUUAUGACAUAGCCAUUUAAUAAAAUACAGAAUCUCAAAUAACUUAUGAAUAUUUAAUUGAUUUGGAUAAUGAAUUUUAUAUUGAUUAUACUCAUCAAAUACCUGCCCCAAGUAGUUAGAUAAAACUAAGGCCAAUGAAUGAAUUACAGUUAGCAUAUAUUUAUGUUGAUGAGUAAUUAGAAAUUAAAUUAGGUACCCUUUAUUAAAGAUGAGAAGAGUCCUAAUGAUAAUAUUUUAAUCGAUUAGAUAACUAAUGAAAUAUUUAAUAAAUCUCAAAACUUUCCAAUUGAUACUGAUGAUAACAAUUAUUUUGAACUCUUUAUGUUUAGCAUUAGAAUAAGAUUAAUAUGAGAUUAUCUUUAUUAUUCUUUAUUCAUUGGAAGCCAUUUUCAAGAUGUUGGCAUUGGUUAACAUAUAUAAUAAUUAUAAUAGGGUUUGUAUAUGAAGAGAGAUUCAUACUUUCGAGAUUUCUGGAAUGUAAUUGAUUUUCUGAUUUUGGUAUUCUAAUACUUGCCUUACUUUGUAAACAUAAAAUUUAAUUUUAAUGCUUUAAGAACAAUAAGAAUAUUGAGAUCUUUGGAUGCAGGUUAAAGUAUUCCUGCUUUAAAAGUAAUAUUGACUUCGUUAUUUUAAUCAGUUUAUUAAUUGAAGGAUGCAUUGAUAGUUUUAGUGUUCUCAUAUUCAAUAUUUGCAAUUGUUGCUCUCCUACUAUUUGGUGGAGGUUUAAAGAGAAGAUGUGUAAAUUUACAAACAGGAAUUCCUAAAAAUGACUAAGUAUGUUCAGAAUGUCAAGGAGACUUUGAUUGUGUUAAAUAGAUAGCCAAUCCUUUUAAUGACUUAAUUAAUUUUGAUACAUUCGGUUGGUCAUUGAUAUAAGUUUUUAUAUGUACACUCCUUGAGAGUUGGUCUUAGAUUUUAGAUUAUACAAUAGCAGCAUAUAAUGAAUCAGUUUAUGUUUAUUUCUUUAUGGUAGUAAUGGUAGGAGGAUUCUUUUUGGUCAAUUUGACAUUAGCCAUAAUUAAGCUUAACUUUUCUAAUAAUCAAAAAAUAAUAAUACCACCUGUAAUUGAAGAAAGUUAUGAUUAUUGGGAAUUAAGGAUUAUGGGAAUAUAUGAACCAUCUAAAUUAUAAACUUAAACACUAAUAAGAAGGAAAAGUGAUGCUCAAUUUACAUUUAGAGAAAGAUCUUAAAGAUAAUAAACUAAAAUAAAACAUAGAACUACUAAAUAUCCAAGUUAAACUUAGAAUUCUAACUUAAAAAUUCAUCCUAUUAAAUUUGCUAACAAUUUCAGUACUCCUUUUAUGAAAUAAGACAAGAAGUUUAUGGGAAUCUAUGGAAUGGGAAAGAAAUUAUAACCUAUUAUUGGAGGUGUUACUCCUUCUAAUAAAUCCAAAAUUAAUCUAAAUGUCAAUUAUGAAUAAUAAGGAUAUUCCUUUCUUUAAAGUCCUAUUGAUUAAAACAUUAGUUUCUCUUAUAAUAUAUCACCAGAUAAUAAAUUGAGCAAUAUGUUUUUUAGUCAAUCCAAUAGAUCUCUUUUAAAGGAUAAUUAAACUAGAUAAUUAUCAAGUAAAUCAAUUUUAAAUAUAAAUAAUAAAUCUCCAAACAAUCGAUCUCGAAAUAUUACUCCUUAAAAUUAAAGAAAUUUAAAUGAAUUAAAUAUUGGAUCUCCAAAAUCUUAAUUCAGUAAGAAAAUAGUGCAUAGAGUUAGACCUUCAAUAUCAGAGUCUGAUUAAAUACUUGUUAAUGAUCUUAAGAUUAUUGGGUAACAUCAAUCUAAAAAAACUAUUACAACACCUAAAGAUACUGAUGAAUAAUUAUAAGAUUUUUUCUCUUAGGCUCAUAAUAAUAUUCCAAGCAAUGAAAAUUAAAGUAAUGGAUUAUUAACUCCAAACAAUUAAAUGAGUUAAUUAAAUUCUAAAUUUAAUAGAAAUCUUAUGUAACAUGGUACUUAUGCUCCAAGAACUUCUCAAUAAAUUUAAAUGCUUUAGGAUGUUAAAUAAAGAUCUUUUAAUAUUAAGAAUAAAUAAAUAGAAAUAAUUAAAAAUGAUGUAUCUAUUUUGGAUAAGAGUGAAAAUUCUAUUAUCAAUUCAAUACCUAGUGAAUAAGUUGAACAAGAAUUAAUGGAUCUAGGUAUAUUAGAAUUAAAUAUAAUGAAAAAAUCAAAAUCUGAUGUACUCUAGAAUCCAUUAUCCAAAGUUAAUUUAGUUCGUAGAAAGAAACCUCGAUUCACAAGAAAAACAAUGAAAAAAUCAACUUAUUUAAGUAAAACAUUUAAUUAAGCAAAUGAUGAUAGAUAUUAACAAUUAAAAAUAAAAUUAUUUAAAACUAAAUUCCAUAAAGAAGUUCCAUAUUUAAUUUAUAAUUCAAAUUCAGAAUUAGAUGUAUUAGAAGUUUAAUAAAUGAAAAAGAUACAAUAGAACAUUAAAAAUAAUGAAGAAAUUAAUAGAAAAAUCAAAAAAUAAGUUUAAUAUGUAUUUUCAAAUUAACAAACUUAAUUAGUUAAUAAUAGAUCUAAUUCAAAAAUUCAACCAUCAACUACUUAAAUGAAAAGUACAACUGCAAAGCGUUCCUAAAAAUAAGUUAAAUUCUAAGAUUAAGAAGAAUAACAAUAAUAUAAAAAAUUGAUUUUACAUGAAUAAAAAUUAAACUUUUAAGAAGCUUAAUUAUUAAUCAGAAAAGAAGUUUAAGCUGUAGAUUUAGAGUAAUAUGGCUAAGUUGAAAUAUAAUAUGAUCUUAAAGAAUAAUUAAGAUAUUUAAAUUAUGAUUAAAUUACUAUUACUACUAGUACAAAUUAUUAAGAUUAUGUUAAAUUGAUGGUAAAUUUAUUAUUUUUAUUUUUUAUUAGUCUGAAGCUAGUUCAUAAUAAGAAAUAGUUUAAUAAUCUUCAAUUGAAGAUGUUCUACUUAUGAGUGAUUAUAUAGAUGAAUAAACAAUUACAUUGAUGAAUAAAAUAAUGCAAGCAUUGAAUUAUACUAUAAAUGUUUAUGAAAUUUGGUUGCCAGGAGUCUCAGGUAUUAUUAAAGUAAUUAGAGUUAAAUUAUUAAAUUUAAUUUAAAGUGAAUAUUUUAAUAGAUCUAUAAAUUUAUGUGUUGCAUUUAAUACAAUUAUAUUAGCUUUAGAAGGGUUAGUUACUGAUAAUGAUUUACUAUCUAACUUUAAUUUGGCAUUUACAAUUAUAUUUAUAAUUGAACUUGGUUUGAAAUUGAUAGGAUUAGGAGUUAAACGAUAUGUUCAAGAUAAAUUUAAUAUUUUUGAUGCUUUUAUAGUUGGAAUAAGUUUAUAUGAAGUAAUUAUCAAUUAAGAGAAUGGAGGAAAAUCUGGAUUUAGUGCAUUAAGAUCUUUGCGAAUCUUUAGAGCAUUAAGAGUAUUAAGAAUUUCUAAAUUAAUUAGAUCCCUUAAAUUUAUGGGAUUUUUAUUAAAAGUAUUGGGAAAUGCUUUUGAAUAAAUAUUAUGGAUGUUUAUCUUAAUGCUCUUCUUUUUAUAUACAUUUACAAUUUUAGGAUUUUCAUUAUUUUAAGGAUAUAUAUCAGAUUAAAAUUAUAGAUAUACUUUUAAUUCAUUUAUAAUAUCAUUUGAAACUGUAUUUUAGUUAUUUACAAUAUCAAAUUGGAGUGAUGUUUUAUAUUCUUUAUUUUUGUCUGAUGCUAACAACAUAGUUGUAUUUUUGUAUUUAGUUAUAUGGAUUGCAAUAGGCAAUUAUGUUUUUUUAAAUUUAUUUUUAGCAGUACUAUUGGAUAAUUUUGAGACAGAAUAUAGAAGAGAUAAAAAUUAAAUAGAUAAUAAUAUUAUUAUUGGGAGAGAUUAGAUUUUUGAAUCUGCAAUAACUUCAAAACCUCAAGCAAGUAGAAAAUCAAGUAAAUCUUCAAUAUAAGAUGAUGUUGAAGAAUAUUAGAAAUUAUAAACUUAACGUUUUAUUUAUUUUUCAGAGAAAGGUUUAGGAGAAUAUGCUUUGAUGAUAUUCUCUUAGGAAAGUACUUUCAGAAAAUUUUGUUAUAGAGCAGUAAAAGAUAAAAUAUUUGAUAUAUUUAUUUUGAUUUUGAUUUUAAUAUCAAGUGCUAAACUUAUUUUAGAUACUUAUACUUUAGGUGAUUCUUAUAAUGUUGUAUCUUAUUGGUUAGAUUUUUCAAUGGUUAUUUUAUUUGGUUCUGAAGCUGUUUUAAAAAUAAUAGCAUUUGGAUUUAUUGGAGAUGAACUAAGUUAUUUACGUAAUUCUUGGAAUGCACUUGAUUUUAUUAUAUUAAUAGGAUCAAUUAUAGAUAUAAGUGUAGCAGCAAUAGAUUUAAGUUAUUUAAAGAUAUUGAGAUUGUUUAGAACAUUAAGACCAUUAAGAUUUGUAUCACAUAAUAGAUCAAUGAAGAUUAUUGUAUCAGCCUUAUUACAAUCAGCUGAUGGUAUUCUAAAUGUAGCAAUAGUAAUAAUACUUGUUUGGAUGAUGUUUGCUAUAAUUGGAAUCAAUUUUGCAAAAGGAAAACUCUAUCAUUGUGAUAUGGGAGAUGGAGUAAUGUAUUAUGUUACAAAAGAAGAAGUAAAUAAGAAUUUAAUUAUUUUAGUGUGAAGGAGUAUGGAGAAUAUAUGAUAGUAAUUUUGAGAAUAUCUUUUAAGGAAUGUUAACUUUGUUUUGUUUGAGUACUUUAUUAGAUUGGCCAGAUCAAUUAUUAUAUUUUAAAGAUGGCACUGAAAAUGGUUUAGUAAAGGAUAGUUCUCCUGAAUUCUUUCUAUUCUUUUUAGCUUUUAUUUUAAUAGGAUCUAUUCUCCUUAACAAUUUAUUCAUAGGAGUUAUAUUAGUUAAUUUUCAUAUUGCAGAAGAAAAGGCCAGAGAUUCCUCUCUUACUUAGGAUCAAAUUUAAUGGAUUGAUACUCAAAAGUUAAUUAUAGAGUCUAAGCCUGAUUUAAGUUUGUAUUAUAUGCCAAAGAACAGGAUCCAAGCAUUAUUAUUUAGAAUUGUCAAAGCCAAGAAAUUUGAUAUUAUAAUCUCAAUAUUCAUUAUCAUUAAUAUUGUUGUAACUGGAAUGUAUAUGGAUGGUAAUAAUAAUUAUAAUUAUUAGAUGCUAAUCUUGAAUAUUUAUAUGCAAUUGAUUAAAUUAAUUUUGCCAUUUCAAUUAUCUUCUGUUUAGAAGCAAUACUUAAAAUUCUUACUUUUGGUCCUAUAGCCUAUUUUAAGGUAAAUUGGAAUUAAUUUGAUUUUAUUAUUGUAGUUAUAUCCAUUAUUGAUUUUGUUACAAAUGAAAGUGGAUUAUCAAUUGGAAAAGGGUUUCGAAUCUUAAGAGCUAUAAGAUUAUUAAGAUUAGUCAAAUAAUUUAAAGGUCUCAAGAAGUUAAUCGAUACAGCUGUGUUUUCAAUUCCUGCUAUUAUCAAUGCAGCUGCUUUAUAUUUCUUGAUCCAUUCAAUUUUUUCUGUUUUAGGAGUAUUUUUGUUUUCAGAUAUUAAGUAAGGAAAGAUCAUCUCUGAUACUAAUAAUUUCUCUGAUUUUCAUCAUUCAUUUAUAUUGUUGUUCCUUUCUUAAACAGGAUUGGAUUGGAAUAGAAUAAUGUAUGAUACAAUGAAUAAUGGUUCAAAUUAUAAUGCUUUAUUUUGGGUUGUAUUCAUUUUGAUUUAGAAUUUUGUAAUGCUUAAUCUAUUUAUUCUGAUUGUGCUAGAUUAAUAUGACAUAAAUUAUUUUCAUGAAGAUAAUCCACUUAAUAGAUUUGGUGAAUAUCAAAAUAAAAUGUUAGAUGUAUGGACUCGUUUUAGUUCUGAUGGAUCUGUAAUAAAUUAAAAUAAAUUGACUGAUCUAAUUCUAUAAUUACCUAAACCAUUAGGUUUAGACAUCACAAAAUCUAUGCAAAAAGGCAUAGAAGAUUGGAAACAUAUCAAUCCAUAACAUACUUAAGAAGAAGUUAAUCAACUUAAAUUUAAUAUAAAAGCAGAUUUGAUUAGAAAUGCACUCUUCAAAAUUAUGGAUAUGUAACUUAAAUGUGAUACAUAAGGGAAUAUACCAUAUAAUUUAGUCUUAUUUGUUGUAAUAAAAGAGGCUUAUUUAGAAAAACUAGAAGUUAAUUUAACUGAAGAAGGAGGAAGAAAACUUAUUAUAAAAGAAAUGGAAACUAGAUCAGAAAUUGAAGAAGAUUAUGGAACUGAUUUAGAUUAAGAUGUAAAUCCAUUAGUUUCUUAUUUGUAUGCUUAAACAUGUUUUAGAGCAAUGUAGAGAUAUGUUGAAAUUUCUAAAAACAAAUUAGUUGAUAAUGGUAUAUCAUUUUUAGCAAAAACAGAUUCAUCAAUUGAUUUUGAAGAGUAUUUAGACGAUGAUUUAUCAAAAGAUGAUUAUGAAAAACCUGAUUAUGAAGAAGUUUAUUUUGUUGAAAUUCCAAUUAAUAAUAAAAUUUAUAAUGGAGAAGAAUACAAAGUGUAAAUUGCACAAGAAGAAUAAAGCAAGGAUGAAAAUUCAAUUAAAUAAGUAAUUGAUGAUGAAAACAAUGUUGAAGAACUGGAAGAUUACAAAUUAUAAAUUAUUGAUUUUAAUAAGUAUUUAGGAGAUUGA